CAAGGGCCGCCUGAACAACAACGGCCGCCUGAACAACAACAACGGCUGCCUGAACAACAACGGCCGCCUGAACAACAACGGCCGCCUGAACAACAACGGCCGCCUGAACAACAAUGGCCGCAUGAACAACAACAAGGGCCACCUGAACAACAAGGGCCACCUGAACAACAACAAGGGCCACCUGAACAACAACAAGGGCCACCUGAACAACAACAAGGGCCACCUGAACAACAACAAGGGCCGCCUGAACAACAAGGGCCGCCUGAACAACAAUGGCCGCCUGAACAACAACAAGGGCCGGCUGAACAACAACGGCUGCCUGAACAACAACAAGGGCCACCUGAACAACAACGGCCACCUGAACAACAACAACGGCCGCCUGAACAACAACGGCCGCCUGAACAACAAUGGCCGCCUGAACAACAACAAGGGCCACCUGAACAACAAGGGCCGCCUGAACAACAACGGCCGCCUGAACAACAACAAGGGCCACCUGAACAACAACGGCCACCUGAACAACAACAAGGGCCGCCUGAACAACAAGGGCCGCCUGAACAACAACGGCCGCUGCCUGAACAACAACGGCCGCCUGAACAACAACGGCGGCUGCCUGAGCAACAACGGCCGCCUGAGCAACAACGGCCGCUGCUUGAGCAACAACGGCCGCCUGAACAACAACAACGGCCGCCUGAACAACAACAAGGGCCGCCUGAACAACAACGGCCGCCUGAACAACAACAACGGCUGCCUGAACAACAAGGGCCGCCUGAACAACAACGGCCGCCUGAACAACAACGGCCGCCAGAACAACAAUGGCCGCAUGAACAACAACAAGGGCCACCUGAACAACAAGGGCCACCUGAACAACAACAAGGGCCACCUGAACAACAACAAGGGCCACCUGAACAACAACAAGGGCCGCCUGAACAACAAGGGCCGCCUGAACAACAAUGGCCGCCUGAACAACAACAAGGGCCGGCUGAACAACAACGGCUGCCUGAACAACAACAAGGGCCACCUGAACAACAACGGCCACCUGAACAACAACAACGGCCGCCUGAACAACAACGGCCGCCUGAACAACAAUGGCCGCCUGAACAACAACAAGGGCCACCUGAACAACAAGGGCCGCCUGAACAACAACGGCCGCCUGAACAACAACAAGGGCCACCUGAACAACAACGGCCACCUGAACAACAACAAGGGCCACCUGAACAACAAGGGCCGCCUGAACAACAACGGCCGCUGCCUGAACAACAACGGCCGCCUGAACAACAACAAGGGCCGCCUGAACAACAACGGCCGCCUGAACAACAACGGCCGCCUGAACAACAACAAGGGCCACCUGAACAACAACGGCCACCUGAACAACAACAAGGGCCACCUGAACAACAAGGGCCGCCUGAACAACAACAACGGCCGCUGCCUGAACAACAACGGCCGCCUGAACAACAACAAGGGCCACCUGAACAACAACGGCCGCCUGAACAACAACAACGGCCGCCUGAACAACAACAAGGGCCGCCUGAACAACAACGGCCGCCUGAACAACAACAAGGGCCACCUGAACAACAACGGCCACCUGAACAACAACAAGGGCCACCUGAACAACAAGGGCCGCCUGAACAACAACGGCCGCUGCCUGAACAACAACGGCCGCCUGAACAACAACGGCCGCCUGCUCAAUAUCAAACACACCAGCGUCCACAUACUUUUGGCCAUCUGCUGCUGCUAACGUUAGCUUAGCUUGUGUCUCUGAUAACAUCCAGACGUCUGAUGACUCUGAUUAUUGAUUAUAGAUUAUUGAUUGAAUCAGCUCCGUAUUGAACCUGGCUCUGGAGUUUACUGAGCAGAUGUUAUUGAUUAUAGAUUAUUGAUUGAAUCAGCUCCGUAUUGAACCUGGCUCUGGAGUUUACUGAGCAGAUGUUAUUGAUUAUAGAUUAUUGAUUGAAUCAGCUCCGUAUUGAACCUGGCUCUGGAGUUUACUGAGCAGAUGUUAUUGAUUAUAGGUUGGAAGUGAUCAAUGGUUUCACUGCAGCUACCUGAUGAAUGAUAAAAGAUUAACGGUUGUUGGACUCGAGGUCGAGGUUCAGUGUGGAGGAUUAACUCGCUCCUCCCUCCCUCCCUCCCUCCCUCCCCAGGAGUGAAAGAGAAACUCACACACUCUCUAUGGAGCCAGUGUUUGUCCCUUUUGGGCUCCUGUACAAACACAGCUCAUUCUAAUGUAACAUAAACUGUAUGAACUCAUAUCAAUGUGAUUAUAAACAAUAAAGUCAUCAGCAGCUGUUCUGAUCAAUAAUCAAUCAUUAGUAAUGUUCCUUUGUCUGACAGGACUCAUUGAUCAAACAACUGAUCCAUUAAUUGAGAAAAUGACUGAUCAAUAACAAAAGCAAUAGCUAGUUAUU